AUGAAUAAGAUCGAAUACGAUAAACAGGUAUUAUGGAUGCAGAAAGUCAUAGGGCUGGCAUCCUACGUCGCCCAAAAAUAUCGAUACGAUAUUCUCUACUAUGUCAACGUAUUGGCGCAACAUACGUUGUUCCUCUCUAAACAAGUGAGGCAGUUGACCCAUCAACUUAUUCAAUUUCUGUGGAAUACUCGAGAACAACAGCUCAUAUGGCAUAAACAUAAAGACAAUGAUCAUAAUGUUCUGUCAGCCAUAACAGAUGCUUCAUUUGCUGGUCAGCCAGGGUUCAAAUCACAAGGUGGUUACCUAAUUAAGCUGAACGGCAACAUCAUCGGGGGAAAGUCAAGCAAAAUAAAAUUGACUUGUACUUCGUCAACGGAGGCAGAGAUCUAUGGAAUAACAGGAGCAAUUCCUAUCCUAAGAGAUAUACAAGAGUUAGUGAAAGCAGUAACUAGUUCAGAUCUGGAAAUUGUCAUCGUCACCGAUAGUCAACCUACUAUAGCAUUGAUGAAAUCGGACGACGACAAGAAGUUUCGAAAUAAAUUUUUCGGAGCCAGAAGCCGGAGACUCAGAGACGAAGUGGAACAAAUGAGAUUAAGUGUGGAAUACGUGCAAACGGAGGACAACCUGGCGGAUGUAUUAACCAAACCAUUACCAGUCAAGCAGUUCUUGGAACUCACUAAGAGAUUCAUAAAAUAG